GCCUCAAUUUCACAACACAGCAGCAGCAGCAGCAGCUUUCUCCCUCUUCACCAAUCAAAAUCACAGAGCAAUGGGAGUAUAUACGUUCAUCUGCAAGGGAUCCGGCGCCGAUUGGUCGGCUAAGCAGCUUAACGGCGAUCUCGAGGCUUCAGCCGGCUCCACCUUCGACCUUCAGCGCAAGCUCGUCCAAGUCGCUCUCUCAGCCGACUCCUCCGGCGCCGUUCAGUCUUCUUUCUCCUAUGUCACCCCUUCCUCCGCCGUUUUCCAGGUGAUCGUUGGCGGAAGUGUUGGUGGUGGUUCGUUCGUCGGAGGAGGUGCAUCCUCCGCUCCGGCAGCUUCUGGUGGUGGUGGUGCAGCUGCCGAGGCACCUCCGGCAGAGGAGAAGAAGGAAGAGAAAGAGGAGAGUGACGAAGACAUGGGAUUCUCACUUUUCGAUUAGGUUAAAUUUAAUUGUUUUGGUCUCUUUUUUAUAAUUAAGUUCUUUUUGCAUAGUUCCUCUCUUGCUACCACGCUUUGUUGAACUAAAGUUUCGAUAGUAUUGGAUUAUUGGAUUACGGGUUUUUUAAUUUGAAAUUUUCUAUGAGGUGCCUCUUUGAAUUUG